AUGCUGUUCUCCAUUGUCUCCAUCAUGGUGGCGACGGUGGCAUAUUCUCAAAGUGCGACAGUGGACCCAAGCCUUCUAGUCGAUAUCUUUGGAACGCCGCCACCUACCACAAGACCUGCCAACUCCCCGCCUAGAUUAGAGGAUAUAACAGUGCGGCCAACUCAAAGCGGCGCAUUGUUUACAAACGGCGAUGGAGAACAGUGUCAGUGCGUGCCGUACUACCUCUGUGAUUCAAAUAAUGCCUCAACAUACCUCACCGAUCCUAAGUUCAAUGGAUACGGGACUUUAGAUAUAAGAUUUGGAGGUAAAGAAGAUUGUCAAGAGACUGUAGAACGUUGCUGCAAGAACCCCUUGCCUGAACCCCCACCAGAACCUGUGACCCCUGACCCUACGACGAUGAGGGGUUGUGGUUACAGAAACCCUAAGGGUCUGGACUUCACCAUCACAGGAGGAUAUGGUAAUGAAGCUCAAUUCGGGGAAUUCCCAUGGGUAGUGGCGUUGCUGGACGCCACUAAGGCCUUAACCUACGUGGGGGUGGGAGUGCUGAUACACCCACAAGUGGUCAUGACUGGAGCUCAUGUAGCUUUUAAAUACGCCCCCGGCUCUUUAAUAGCUCGCGCAGGAGAAUGGGACACACAGACAAAUAAGGAACGGCUCAAAGCUCAAGAGCGAAUCGUACAAGACAUGGUUAUUAGAGAAGAUUUUCAUCCAAAGAGUCUUCGCAAUGACAUCGCACUCCUCCGUCUGCAGGAGCCCGUGGACCUCAUGGACCAUAUCAACAUCAUCUGCCUCCCGCGCCAGGACGAGGACUUUGACACUUAUAGGGACUGUGUGGCUAACGGAUGGGGGAAGGAAAAUUUUGGUCUCAAGAACCGAUACGCGGUAAUAUUAAAAAAGAUCGAAUUAGACAUGGUGCCAUUCAAUCAAUGCGAAUCUCUACUUAAGAAAACCCGACUGGGCUAUAGGUUCAAGUUAGACAAGAGCUUCGUUUGUGCUGGCGGUGAAGAAGGAAAGGAUACCUGCUCGGGUGAUGGUGGAGCUCCCCUCGCUUGUCCUACAGGAAGGGAUAACCGAUAUAAGCUAUCCGGGCUCGUUGCAUGGGGCAUUGGUUGCGGGGAGAAGGACGUUCCCGCAGUAUACGCCCGAGUGUCUAUGUUCCGGAAAUGGAUAGAUGACAUCAUGUUAUCUUGGGGAUACUCUACGGACGGAUACACUUUGUAUGAAAAG